AUGAACGAUGAAGCGAUGGUAAUCUGCCUUGAACAAAAGAAGACCCUGUACGUGCCGGUGCCGCGUCUGCAGAACGGGUUCCUGAACCGCCUGGAGCUGCCCGAAGGCGAAACAGGCCCUGCUGCCAUCAGAAAGGCGGUAUCCCGUAAUGGCAUGGAAACUUAUGGCAAGCCGAUUGGCAUUGAAGACUCGGUGUCCCUGGAUCUCGUAGUCAUGGGGUCAGUUGCGGUCUCCAAGGAGGGGUACCGUAUUGGAAAAGGCAGAGGCUAUGGAGACCUGGAGUUCGGCCUUAUGAUGCACAUGAAGGCCAUCAAGCCCAACACAAUUGUGGUCACUACCGUUCAUGACUGGCAGGUUUUCAACACCUUACCUGCGGAGCUCUUCGGGCCCCACGAUGUACCCAUUGACAUCAUUGUCACACCGACACAGGUGAUAGAAACACAACGUCUCAGCCAGCGACCGGUGGGUAUCCUGUGGCAUCUGCUCUCCAAUCGUCGCGUUCAGCUGAUGCCGAUCCUCGGCCAACUGCGUGACAUCGAGAUGCUCGCUGGCCGCGCCUGCGCGCUGAAGGAGGAGGACACGGACGUAGAGGAGCGUGUGGCGCAGCGCCCGCGUCGACCACGUCGCCGCACGCGCAGCCACAAGAGCCACAGCGAGGGCGAGGGUAACACUACAGAGGGCGAGGAGGGCAAACCGGGCAAGCCCCGCCGGCCGGCGAGACGCCGCAACAGCAACAAGUCCGCUAGCAAGGAGGGCAAAGAGGGCAAAGAAGGCAAAGAUGGCAAGGAGCCCGACCAGAAGCCGCGCCGCACCAAGCGUCCGCGUCCCGUCAUCGACUUUUCUGUCAAGAUCUCGAAUAUCAGCCCGAACACGCGAGUGCGUGACCUGAAACAAGCCCUAUCCGAGCGCGGAGUAAAGCCUCAAAUCAUGGUCUGGAAGGGCUUUCGUGGUUUCUGUUAUCUACACUUCUUCAAGCCUGGACCGCAAAAGGGCGAGGGCGACAGUAGCCCCAUGGUGAACAUGGAGAGCGUGCUGAGCGCGCUGUCGCAGAUGUCGCUGGGCGGGUCGGGCGCCGUGCGCGACGACGCGCGCGACGACAAGCCGCGCCUGCUGUGCGUCGAGCCCGCGCCGCCGCGCCAGCCUGCGCCGCAGCCGCAGCCGCAGCCGCAGGAGGUACAUUGAAUAGCGAGUCCCAACGAUACGUUCCCUACGACAUUUUUGAUAACGACUAUUAUUAUUUCUAAACACGCAUACGAAUAGCUUUAUUUGCACACGGACUGGGCCAACUCAUUCCGAUACUAAUUGUUUUAGCGUUAAGGUAUUUUUCUUUGCGCCGGUCCAAGCAGUUGCAUAAUUAAUACACUCUAUUGCAUAUGUAGUACUCUUUCAUGGUAGCGAGGUUUGUUACUAAGUGAGAUUUAACAGCAGUUUGCAAACAAUAAGCCAUGCCUUCCAUCAUUCUUGGAACAACUGUAAUACGUACAUUAUAAAGGUGACUACAUUGUUUCGCUCACUUACGCUCAGAAGUCGCUUAUAUGAGAGGGAU